GUUUCCAGGGCUCAUGUUUCAUCAUCUGCGAGACUAGACUUCAUUCAGUAUCCCAGCAGCUCAUCUGUUUCAUUAUUCUAACGCAUCAGACAGUUGUUGCAGGCUCAUCGUCCACACCCGACGAGCGAUGAAGCAACGGCUUGUCCACAGUUUUGCUACACAGCUCGCGCACAGGACUGCCUCAAUACCAGUGAGAAUCGUUGGCAUACGUACAUAACGUGCUGUUACUUGUUAUGCAUGACAUUCAUCGCCGUGAUUGUUUGUAACGCUCACAAUUCUUCCAGACUGUUUCUGAUCUGUGCCGUUGCCGAUCCUGGACCAGCACCAGGUCUGUAAACAGUCCAGAUAGAACAGACCUCGUGGUUUUCUGGCCCCCCUCGCUCUUAUCCAUGAGGUUGGCGUUGCCAAGAGGCAUCAUGGCACGGAGGCACACUUCCUGGUAUCUGGUAGUCUCCCAACUGCAAGCGAGGCUUUUGACUGUACCCGCCAGCGAAGGUAGGCCUUGGGAGGUGACAGUGUUUCGCCGUCGAUCUCGGCUCUCUACUUAGGGGCGGCAAAACGACUUGCUCCAUGAGCUCACACGACCUCCAUGUUUACUUAGACUUGUCUUUUCUUCAUUUUGGAUGGCUGGUUUCUCCCACAACGUUUUUGUGAUGGAUGGGCGACUCGCCGUGGGCUUGUGAUAGCCCCUUAUUCCAAGCGAGCUUAUCAAUUGCCCUCACUUAUGUCGAGGGAAAUCUUGGAUCCCUCGCUUACGUACUGCUCAAGCAUGGUCCGCCGGGAAAAGAAAGAAAAAAUUCUCGGCUGAGGCUGUUCCUGCAGUUUUGUGAAUCAAGAGCAAGCAUUCGAAUGGCUCCACCUGAUGGUUUCCAUCUUGGUAUUCUUUGAAUGUUGAGAGGUGCGGGGUCACUUGCAGCCUCAAACAGGGAUUCGUCGUUUCAACACCAGGGGUUGAACACUAGGCAAGGCUACCAGCCUUGCUACAAACUGGAGUGACACCAAUGAAGUUCCAGCAGCCUGUUGAUGGCAACCCCGAAAAGAAUGGACUAAAGCAUUUUGACGUACUAGCCAGCUCGGGAUGUCGCAAAGACUUCCGCGCAUUCGAUGUGGAACACUUCAUGGGUUAAAAGUUCGUGGCUACCUACAGGAGCCAACUUGACUUACAGUUGGAAGUGUUGCGUGCGUUCUGACAUUCUUCUAUUCUCUUUUCUCUAUGUCACUAUCAUUGCGCACAUCUUAAUGUUUUCAUAUUACGCUCAUUCAGGAAAGAUGUAGGGCAGGACCUGUUUUUGAUCAAUCUUGAAAGUCCAAUGAGCUAUCACGUACGAUCUACAUUUCAUCUUUGCCCAUCCUGACACUCAACGCCAGCCCGUGUGAAGUGAGCACAUGCUCCGCACCUCUAAAUCAGUUGGCAUCAUGUCCAAGGCGAAGCGUCGACGGAAAACUUCUGUUUCCUUGAUGGUGAUGACGGUUGUGCCACUCGUUUCUGGAGUUUCUUUACAGGAGCUUGGAGCAAUACCUCUGAAGUCUGCAUCGACCGAAUGCGCCUCGAUAUUGGACGUCGAAAUUCCAGGUUGCACAGCGAAUGGUAUCUUGACAAUCUGCUCAACCGACUGUCAAGCCAGUUUUGCGUCGUUCCUUAACACAGCGCGAACCGUUUGUUCCGAUCCCAUACUUGAGAACCAGCUAGCCCAACUUGUUGCGUCGAGUGGACAGCUACGCAUCUGCACCAGCAGCACUGCAAUCGCAUCAAGUAAGAUCAGUACAUCACUUACUGAAGUCACAACAAUACUUUACACGACUCUGCUUAAGAGAGCGGAAGUGGAUGUCAUUACGAAAACGACGACGACAACGAUAACAGAGAGUAUCGCAAGUUCUAUAUCUCCAACCGAUUCACAGACUCAUUCCAUCCCAUCGUCAACUUCGUUGUCGACACUCAACAUUUCAAUCACCAAUACUACAACAACUUCGUUAAUCCUGAGCUCAGGAUCAACACAGUCUGCACUUAUGCUUUCAUCCUCAACAUCCACAUUCGUAGCACCUUUCAACGCACCGACAGCAUCAAGCCAGUCAGUUGGCAUCGCAGUAUCAUCACCUCUGCCUCCACAGACCUUCCGCUCAGCUGCUUCCACUAUAAGCAUCUCAAUCGCGCCGAGCAACAGCUCUUCGAAAACUUCAUCCAUGACCACAGCGAUUAAUGCACCAUUUGUAUUGGCUAGUGCGCUAACUGCUGCGCAAUCGCCAACCACUUUCACCAUUAACGUCGUUUCAGCUUCAUCAGAAGUUUCGUCAACUCAAAGCUCCUCUAAAGGUGCUGCGGGACUGUUGACAUUAUCCACAGCGACACCUAUAUCUCAGUCUCCUAAUUCGAUGAUGACAUUCAUGCUGCAGCCGACAUCUUCGAAUGCACAAACAAUCGCUCCUCCGCACUCUCAGCCGCAGCCCAUCUCUUUACCACCUUCACAAUCUCAAACAUUGGAAUCCAAAACGAGUUCCACAUCUACGUCUACCGGCACACUCAACGCAAUCAACAACGGCGGUCUCCCAGGUGCAGCGCUAGCUACCGACCAACAGUCUACCAAAGUCAACCCAUCCAUCAUCGGUGGCGUGGUUGGCGGUGGUCUCGUUGCUGUUGGAGCGAUCACGGCUGUAGUUUUUCUCCUAUUCCGCCGCCGAAGGCAACAAUCUGAUAAAGGGGGCGCUAGGCGUCCGAUAAGUUCGUGGGACUUCAUUGACCGGAAUAGGGGAAGGCUAAGCAGCGAGCCAUCAGAUGCAGAUCUACCACAAAUGUCAUACUUCGACCAGCCGAUACUCUUUGAUCAGAGAGUCCAAGGGUUGGCCGUUCCGCAGGAAGUGGUCAUUAAGCGAAAGAGUGGCCCGCCUGUGAGAGUCUCUAGGCAGAGCAAUGGAAGUAUGGCUGGCAUCGAUGAAAGCACCAUAGAAGCCGUUCGCUUGCAGAGGAAAACACAAAACACGAUGAGCCAGUACAGCAAUGGCUCUAUAAUAGUUAGCUACGCCGCUGCAAGGAUACCAUCUGCAUCGAUGCCCGUAGCACCCGCGAUGCCGGUGGGAUCCACGAAACGCAACAGCUCAAGUAAUAACAAUGGCACAAACGACGGCUAUACAAUGUCAACACCGAAGAACGGGUAUGGCAGCCCUGGACCAACCGUGUACAAUGGCGUGAGCCAACGCCAAAACGAAAAUCCGAGAACGAAUAACAUCUCCGUAAGCCCAGAGCCCUACUUUGAUUACAACUACAACUACAAUUACAACUACAAUUUCAACUACAAUUACAAAGGCUUUGAGAUAAGCAAGCAACAACGUAAUAGCCCGAGUCCGAUUGAUGAAAUGCUUGAGGUAAGCAGCAACAUCGGUGGAAGCAGAUUGGGAUUCUAUGAUAAGGUCAUGGAAGAUCCAAGGCUGCAAAAUUAUAGACCCAAUCGCUCCUAGAGAGCAGAACGAUGGACAGCCUCGGCAAACAUGGCAUUGCUAUAAGAUUGAAGGAAUGAGGAAAAAGUAUAUACCCAGCUUUAGCACAGUCUAUAGAAGAAUAUUAAUGUAUAAA